CAGCAUCCACAAACACACUCCGGGUGGCAGCAGUCAUGGCAGACUUCGGUGGCAAACCCGGGGGAAAUGAUGGGAUUGCGCGUGCUUUGGGACAGCAAGCCGGUAAGGUGGUGGAGGGUGCAGUGAAGAAGGGCAUGAGUGCAUACGCACAGAAGGGGCAGAAGGGUGGCCAGGAGGGUGAGAAGAAGAAGGAAGGAGGAGGAGGAGGAGGAGGAGGAGGAGGUCUCAACAUCGAUGACGUGCUGUCAUUCGACGGUGGAAACAAAAACGGGGGUCAGGGAGGUGGAGGAGGUGGAGGAGGUCUGGGGAACGUCGUUGGCGGGUUAUUUAAAUAGAAAACCUCCUUCAGCCCCAUCAAACCUCCACCUGCAGCCUCCUGAGAUGACUACAUCAUAUCAUGUUUGCUGUGUUUUAUCUUCUUUCACUUCAUGUUCAGCAGAAAAUUCAAAUUCUUCCGUCUGAUUGUUUUAUGAUUAUUAUCAUUAUAUUGUUUGUCCUGCCUUAAUAAACAGGCACAAUUAAAAGAG